ACCUCAGGGCGCUUUUACUGCAGUCACUGACAGCCGGGGGUAUGGUAGUCCCAUAUGUCAAGAUUUUAACCGUCACGAUACUGAUGAACUGUGUAACAUGUAGACAUGGACAAAGGCUUUCUGAAUAUAAAGACCUAAGAUAAGCUGGUUGAUGCGUGGACUGGUCCGUCGGUAGCUCCGCCUGUUAGUCGUGCGUCUCCUUAGUUCUCAUUCAAAACAGAGCACAGCUGUUGUGAGGCGUACCGUCGUGUCCUGAGCGUUAGCUUGAAGCUCUUAGCUGUCUGUUGCUUUCUGAUGUACCCACUGGAAUAUCAGAAAGAGAAGGAAGAAAACGGCACACUUCGAGACAUGGUCUGCUAAACACACGCCACAAUAGGCUGAGCGACAGCAGGAGGCCUGGAGCUUUGAGAAGAUUUUAGUCUGAAUUUAACUACUGGGAGUGGCUCACACGUGAAGGCUACACACAGGAACCAGCCAAAGUGAAAGAGAGGAGUCGAUAGACUGAGACAGCAAUAUAGAACAACAGGGUAACCUCACUUCAGCACUAUGCUCAUCUGACACACACCUGAGGGCCUGGCAGGCUUUGCUGCAGCUGAGGAUGAUGAAUUGUCUUCUUCGUUAGAGCUAGAUGGUGUGGGAAUGAUGGACUUCCCUAAUGGCCAAUCAAGCAUCACCACCACUGCUGCAACAGUCUCUGAGAAGAGCAGCAGCUCAGAAUCUCUCAGCGAUAAAGGCUCUUCAGAGCUGAAGAAGAGUUUUGAUGCUGUCGUGUUCGAUGUGCUGAAGGUCACUCCUGAAGAAUAUGCAGGCCAGAUUACGCUUAUGGAUGCCCCUGUGUUCAAAGCCAUCCAGCCAGAGGAGCUGUCGAGCUGCGGCUGGAACAAGAAGGAGAAGCACAGCUCAGCGCCAAAUGUUGUGGCCUUCACUCGCAGGUUCAACCAGACGAGUUUCUGGGUGGUAAGAGAAAUCCUCCAUGCACAGACGUUGAAGAUCAGAGCCGAGGUGCUGAGUCAUUACAUUCGUACUGCCAAGAAACUGUGUGACAUGAACAACCUCCAUGCAGUCAUCGCUGUGGUGUCAGGAUUACAAAGCGCUCCCAUCUUCAGGCUUACCAAAACAUGGGCGCUACUGAGCCGGAAGGACAAGGCAAUGUUUGAUAGGCUCGACUACUUGAUGUCCAAAGAAGACAACUAUAAACGUCUGAGAGACUAUAUAAGCAGCCAGAGCAUGGUCUCGUGUAUACCAUACCUAGGGAUGUACCUGUCUGACCUGACAUAUAUAGACUCAGCCUACCCCUCCACAGGCAGCAUACUGGAGAACGAACAGAGAUCAAACCUGAUGAACAACAUUCUCAGAAUCAUAUCAGACCUGCAGAGAUCCUGUACCUACGAUAUACCAGUGUUGUCUCAUGUGCAGAAGUAUCUGAACUCAGUCAGGUAUAUUGAGGAGCUGCAGAAGUUUGUGGAGGAUGAAAAUUACAAGUUAUCGCAGAAGAUUGAACCAGGCACCAGCACGCCACGAGCAAAUGCCUCCAAAGAGGAUCUUGUUGGGCAGGAAGCAUCAGCAUCUCCUCUCUGCAGCCGUAAGAGUACAGUAGCAAGUGAAGGACCCAAAGUCCCAGCCACACCUCCCUCGCCCAGGAAUUUACUUCCCUAUGGACACAGGAAGUGCCAUAGCCUGGGCUACAACUUUAUCCAUAAGAUGAAUACAGUAGAGUUUAAAAGUGCUACGUUCCCCAAUGCUGGCUCUCGCCACCUGUUGGACGACAGUGUGAUGGAGAGCCACAGUCCCACCAGGGGCCAAGCAGAGAGCUCAACUCUGUCCAGUGGUAUUUCACUUGGGAGCAGUGAUGGCUCAGAGCUCAGUGAAGAGGUGUCGUGGCCAGCUUUUGAGAGGACUCGAUUCUAUCACUCUCUGGGCCCAGUGACCCGAGUGGCCCGCAUCCCCUACAGAGGAGUCCUGAGGCCCAGCAGCUCAGCGGAGUCGGAGGAGCUUGCAGUUCACCUGUAUCCCGGAGCAGUCACGGUGCAGGGGGUGUUGAGACGUAAGACUAUGCUCAAGGAGGGCAAGAAACCAACAGUGGCAUCUUGGACCAAAUAUUGGGUUGCUCUCUGUGGAACCCACCUCUACUACUACCCUGCCAAGUCCCUGAAGGCCACUGAGAGAAAACAUUUCAAGUCAACGUCCAGUAAGAGUGUGUGUGUGGUGGGUCUAAUGGCCAUGAUGGCAGAUGACCCUGAGCAUCCUGAUGUCUUCUUGCUGACAGACUCAGAGCACGGUAACACCUACAAGUACCAAGCAGGGAACAGAACGAACGCUUUGCUCUGGUUCAAACACCUGAGUGCAGCCUGCCAGAGCAAUAGACAACAGGUGCCAGCCAAUCUGAUGUCGUUUGAGUGACCGACACUGAGGCACAUGACUGAGCAAAGGAGAGAGGGAUGAGGAAGCAGGCAAGAAGGAUGAGGAGGAGUUCUGACUCCGUAGUGGAAGCUUUCACUGCCAUGAGCCCUGACCACCGAUUCUCCGGUUCUAGCCCUGGCCUCACUGCAGCCUCACCUGCCACCACUGCCUUAACCUGAGUACCCUGUGUCUGUGUGUGUGCUUGAAUAUAUGAGAGCAGAUCUGAAUCUGUGCUCACGGAUGAAUUGACUGUUUUGGAUGUACUGACUACUGAACAAGGACCUGUACCACUGCUCUUGUCUCCCAUUUGCUCAGUGUCUUGGUUUUACUGCGAGUAUUCAGCACUUCAACAGAACCGUUCGACUUCUCCUCUCCUCUCUCACAGACAGACCUCAGAUGGACAGAAAUAAUCCCCUUUGUGUUUUUUAAGGGAGUAUUUUUAUUUGUGUCCCCACUGUGCUCAAAUGCAUGAUUUCUACCUUUUAUUCAGCUGGACACACAUCACACAUACAUCAGACUAACCUGUUGGACUUGGAGGCUUUUUUAUUUUCACAUUUUGUACUUACUUGGUUCACACUUUCAAUUGUUGGUCUUCACUUGGAGUCACAGAAUACCAAACAUGAAGCACACACUCCCACUUUAACACACACGGGCGUAUUAGAUUGCAUCAUUAUAAAUGGGAGGUCUCUGAUUCGCAGUUGAUUCCAGCAUAAACUGUUCCCACACUUCCUGAAUGUAACUAGUUUUUAUUACAGAACUGCCCCCCCCCCCUUUUUGGGGUCAUAUUUACUGAGUAUUCUGUGUGUAUACAUACAUUGGGUGAAGAGUGAGAAGGGAAAUGUUUGCCUAAAUUACAGGAAUCUUGUCUGCGUCCCACACUGGUACGAUAAUCCCAGGAUCUAAGCUACAAUGUGCUCAUGGCCGGGUAGCUCUUUAUUCUUCAGUGACAUCUGUCCGCUGCCAUGAGGUGAUGUUUGGUUCAUCUGUCUCACAAACAUGCUAAACACUAAAGACUUGAAACUGUGAAGGAGUCCAAGAGAGAGCAACAAGAACUUGUAACAAUUUUAUCUCCAUUUCUUGGUGUCGCCUGUGGUCUGGAGCAGAGGCUUAAAGCUACCUGGAGCCAUACAGACUCUGAACCUGGUUUGUUUAUGUUGUUUUGUGUCAUUAGUUUCUUUUGCUUUUUGGGAGGGGUGGUGUAGUUCACAGUAUUACCAUUGCAUGUCAAUUUAAGUUUGUUUUUGUGUUUUUGGUUUUCCUCACAUUUUUGGAGCAGUUGUUUUAAAUAUUUUAUGUACAUGUGAAUUUAUUUUUUUGUCUUUUUUGCCCUUUAUUCUAUUAACCAGGACCCAGCUCAAUUUUAGGCCCUGACCAUGUUGCAUUAGAUUUGGAAAUAGUCUAAGCCCCUUGGUUAUAAUUAGUGCCAAGUGAUGUUGCUGUCACUGUUUUCCUUAAGCAUGAAGCAAUGUCAGAAAGAAUGGAGCUGAAGUGGGGAACACCUGGGAUCACAGUCUCUAGUGUGCAUCACAGAUGUUUCAGUGUGCCACAGAUAGUCUGUUGCUGUUAGUUUUUAAGCAACCGUGAUCAGGAUGAUAGGAUAUAGCAGUGAAGGGGGUAUUAUUUUGCCCAUAAUACUCAUCAAGUCCUCAUCUCUGUAAAAAAAAAAAAAAAAAAAAAA